AUGGGAACCACUUCAGGACCACAGUUCCUAUCGGAGGAUGGAUUACCGUACGGUAUGCCAAGUAGAGCAAGCCCCGCGCUGCACCCUAGCACCCCUUUCGGUAAUCCCCCAGUGCUUCAGACCACGGUUGAAGCGGAGCUUCUGGCUCAGAUGACCUCCCUUCGGAAGGAAAUGGCUAAGCUCCAAGAACAUAACAAUCUCCUCUCGUCCAAAGUAGACGAAACACAGCGACUGCUUAACCAGCAGGAAACACAGAGCGUUCAGGCCGCCAAAUCUUCCCAGAGUCUGCAGACCCCCGGUCGGCAGAGGAAGGGAAAGAAGGGGGCAAGGGCAACGCCUGCGCCUUCCAAACAGUUGGUGGUCCCAACUCCACAGGACCAGCCUCACGUGCCGAAGAAGGUGUACACCGAUUGUCGUCAUCGGAUCAACGACAAGAAGGAUGCCGAACGACAUAGGUCCCCGAUUCGGAUUAAUGCCCGCCUGCGGGACUCCCGGAUGAAGGUCCUAGGAGAUAAAUCGCCCCUUCGGAAAGUCCAUGGUUUGGAUUCGGGAAUGGAAUCCGACGAUGAGUACGUCCCCACCAGGGGUAUCGAAUCAAACUACCGUUCGGAAAUUCCCUCGGAGUAUUCGAAGGCAAAACCACCAAGUCCGAGGAGAACUUCCGAAGACUUCAGUUUGUGGUCCUGA